AUGAAGAGACUGAAUGGGAAGCAACAGAACAAGAAAAAGAGCGAGAAAACGUCUUUGAUACUAUUCAAGAACAAAUGUGAAUCCAGCUCGCUCAAGAAAGUAAACAACUGUCCGAAGAGUAAUGUAGCUUUACAAGAUAGAUCCCAGAAUUUGAAGUGUGACGUCUACCCAGAAUGCCAGGGAGAACCAUUGGUGUACCAUUGUGUUAAAUUUGACAGCUACCUUGUAGAAGUAUGUUCUCCCAAGAGUCCCAUUGUAGGUCAGUAUUGUGCGGUAUUUGAAGAAGGAUUAGGAAGAGUUAUUGUUGACCUCUAUACAAAUUGUCCCGAAUGCCCAAUGAUAUACAGUUCAGACGAAUCUUGGAAAUAUUCCAAAUGUUUGGAGAAAACAUUGAAGACGAUGAUAUACCAAACGUACCAAACCCCCAAAGAUGCUGCAGAAACAUUCCUUUCUCAGGGAAACUCUGCAACCAUGAUUGAAAAUAAUGAUAUUAGUACAUUGACAGUGACGAGCGCCGAAAAUAACAUUAUUACUACAUGUGGAAUUUGUAAAAUCGAGCCUACCACACACAAGUAUGCCAUAGUAUUUGCAAUAAUUUUCAUCAUAGUGCUAGCUGGACUACUUGUAUAUUGCAAAAAAAAACCAAAACCUUAAUACAGUAAGUUCUGAAAUUAUAGAAAUGUUGCAGCAAUUGAUAUUUGAGCUGAUGUCUUAAAGUUAUGUCAGACCUCUGUCGUCAUACAGGUAAACGUUAAUUAUCCAAUUUUAGGUCGCCUUUCAUCCCUCAUUGAGUCUUGUUCUUGAGCAAUUCAACAUUUGCU